UCUAAGAAGAAUCUGCACGCAUACCGGUUGUAGCUGAGGGGCUACUGUGUCUUUAAAGGGGUGUUGGUCGACGGAGAGGUUGCACAUAGGUUUGAUUUAGUCGCAAAGGAACACGGCGUACGCUGUGUAGUUUUUUUCCACCCCCCCCCCCCCACCCCCCCCCCCCCCCCAACCCCCCUCCACAGACAGCAGCAGACGUGCGUGCAACUUGCAGCCAUGGGAGAAGAGGAGACGCGUCAGAAAUUGCUGCGCAGUGUGAAGAAAGAGGUGAAACAGAUCAUGGAGGAGGCAGUGACGAGGAAAUUUGUGCACGCCGACAGCAGUCACAUAGUUUCCUUCUGCGCUGUCGUGGAGGCCUGCGUGCUGCACGGGCUGAAGCGACGUAUCGCGGGACUGCUGUGCAGCAACAAGGUGGCGGCGCUCUUCCUGAAAGUGGCCAAAAGCUUCAUGCCCGCGGAGCAACUGUGCCACAAGGUCCAAGAGCUGGAGCAACUCGUAGAAAACAGCAAACAGAACAAUUCCUCGCCGAACAACGAGCGCAGACGGCAGUCCAAGUUGAACCACCUCCCGCCUCAGGCCCUCAAGCACUUGUGGAUCCGAACGGCUCUGCUGGAGAAGCUCCUGGACAAGAUCAUCCUGUAUUUAGUGGAGAACGCCAGUGCUUUUUAUGAGAAAGAAGCCAUGCUGAUGGAUCCUGUGGAUGGGCAGAUUCUCGCAUCAUUAUUGGUCGGUCCCUGUGCAUUGGAGUACACCCAAGUCAAGACCGCCGACCAUUUCUGGACGGACCCAUCAGCUGACGAGCUCGUACAGAGGCACCGCAUCCACAGCGGCCGCUGUCGACAGGAUUCUCCCUCCAGGAGGCCUGCGCUGAUUCAAAAGAGACAGUCCAGUGGCAGCAUGGACGAUCGCCCUCUGGUGUGGGCGAGGGAGUAUGUGGAAUCACUGCACCAGAACUCCAGAGCCACGCUGCUAUUUGGCAAGAACAAUGUCCUGGUGCAGCCGAGGGAUGACAUAGAGGCCAUCCCGGGCUACCUCUCUCUGCAUCAAACGGGAGAGCUGAUGACACUUAAAUGGACACCCAAUCAGUUGAUGAAUGGCAAUGUGGGGGAGCUGGAUUCCGAGAAGAGCGUCUACUGGGAUUACGCCAUGACGAUUCGCUUGGACGAGAUAGUGUAUCUCCACUGUCAUCAGCAAGUGGACAGUGGUGGAACCCUGGUGUUGGUAAGCCAGGAUGGCAUCCAGAGGCCCCCCUUGCACUUCCCCAAAGGAGGCCACCUACUCCAGUUUCUCACCUGCCUAGAGACGGGCCUUCUUCCUCACGGCCAGCUGGAACCACCGCUUUGGAAUCAGCGAGGAAAGGGAAAGGUUUUCCCCAAAUUGCGCAGGAGGAGCCCGCAUAGCUCAUGCGACUCGGUGUCUGAUAAAGAGGACGACAAAGCCACAGAUUACGUGUUUCGGAUCCUCUUUCCUGGCAAUCAAAUAGAGUUCAUGCCUUUAGAGCUGAUGGACCAGGGUAUGAACCUGUGGCAACCGGAAGCCAGGAAGUCCUCUGGCUCCUCCUGCUCACAGACGGGGUCGUCUGACAGCUCUCUGCCAAGUGGCUGCAGUCAGGAACGGGCUCCUCUGAAGCUCCUUUGUGACACCAUGAAGUACCAGAUCAUCUCACGCGCAUUCUACGGAUGGCUGGCGUACUGCCGUCACCUGUCUACAGUUCGCACCCACCUCUCUGCUCUGGUCAACACCACUAUAGUCUUCCCUGACGUGCCCUCGGAUGCACAAGGAGGUCUGUCUGCUGACGUCUGGGCCAGGUUUCUCCAGGACAGCUCUGCCUACGAGGAGCUUGAAAUACACAGGCUGGUGUAUUUUGGAGGCGUGGCACCUUCACUGCGCAAGGAAGUCUGGCCCUUCCUGUUGGGACACUACCGGUUCACAAUGACUGAAAAAUGCAGGCUAGAGGCGGACGAGCAGGUGCGCCUCAUGUACGAGCAGACCAUGAGGGAGUGGCAAGGCUGCGAGGCCAUCGUGCGCCAGAGGGAGCGGGAGAAACACGCAGAAGCCCUCGCCAGGUGUUUGUCCGGCACCAGUGUUGAGCGAGGGCCAGUGGCGGAGCGGGACUCCACCAUUAGUACAGAUUCAUCACUAUGCAGCAGCUCCGAUCCGCAGAAUACACGGUCACAGAGCGACUCCAGCAGUAGUGCGCCGGUGUUUGCAUCAGUUGAUGCCAUGGAGACGAUGGCUGAAGGAGAUCAAAUAGAGCACAAUGGUCCAGUAAAGGACAUCCCAGCUGGUCCCUCUGAGUCCAGCGGCCUAUCUUGCUCGAAUGUGUCGAAACCACCACCAGCUUGUGACAGCUACCUUCUACUAACGGAACCAACUAUUGCAUCUGCAACCCCUCAGCAGUCAGUGAAGGCAUCGGAUCACUCGAGUCAGGAAUUUAUAGACGAAUCAUUGCCGGACGCGGUUAAGGUACUUGAGUCGACACCCGAGGACAGCCUCAAAAUCCAGAGUAAUGAAGCCGCUGAAAUAAGCAAGCCCCCAGAAGCGGUGGAGAAAUCUGCAAACGCAAUCAUUGACUUCAGAGCUCCACCAGACAAUGUCAAGGUUAUUACACUUGAAACUGAGAUUCAGAAUGAAUAUUUCCAAGCACCACCGCUCGGACAGGCUCUUCAAGCACAAAAUAGACGAGCUCAAGAAAAGGAUGCGUCAGAAAAAGAUAUGUCAACAAUCAAGACGGAUCCAGAGAGUUGCAAAAAAGCAGAAACAUUUGACAAGUUGCGCUCGCAAUUGCUGGCUGCCUGUCUCUCGGAGGCAGACAAAGCAGAAUCCACAGAUUCAGGUGCGUCUGAAACCAGAAAUGUGUCAGAAAUCUCAAACUCACCAGUCAGGCAAGUACUUGACGCUCUGCAGUCGGCAUCCCGCGGGAGCUUUUCGCUAUCAUCUCAUACCCGGCAGUCCCCGGAUUCGGAGGACUCUCCCUCUGCCCUGGAGAUGGAGGACAUUCCUGCUGGGGUGGCCUGUCUGAACGUCGAACAUCAUGCAACAUCAUGCAUGUUGCAACUGAACACCAGGCCCUUGACGGUCCUCGCGGCCCCGCCCGCGUGCCUGGCUCGGAGAGCCAAGAUGGCGCCAGAGGACCUUAUCCCAGAUCCCCAACUGGGCACUGCUUGCAACACCAGUCCAGAUGACACUGACCCAGGGCUGUCCGAAGAUGAGCCCGAUGCGGAAAAUGAGUUUGAUGCAAAGGCGGUUGUGGAGUCCAAACAGGAAGACUCUUCAGCUCAACAAAUGUACUCUCAAGAAACCAUGGACAUGUACCUCAUCAACUUGCAUCGGAUUGACAAAGACGUCAGACGAUGUGACCGUACCUACUGGUACUUCACUCCUGAAAACCUGGACAAGCUAAGGAAUAUCAUGUACAGCUAUGUGUGGCAACACCUGGACACAGGUUACGUCCAGGGCAUGUGUGACAUAUUGGCUCCCCUGCUGGUUAUUCUGGACAAUGAGGUGAUGGCGUUCAGCUGCUUCACCGAACUGAUGAAAAGGAUGAACCAGAACUUUCCUCACGGGGGUGCCAUGGACUCUCACUUUGCCAACAUGCGCUCACUCAUUCAGAUCCUGGAUUCGGAGCUGUUUGAGUUGAUGCAGCAGAAUGGCGACUACACCCACUUCUACUUCUGUUACCGAUGGUUCCUGCUGGACUUUAAAAGAGAAAUGGUGUACGAUGACGUUUUCUCCGUGUGGGAGACCAUCUGGGCGGCGGCGUACACCACUUCAGAGCAUUUUGUGCUUUUUAUCGCACUCGCACUGGUGGAAAUGUACAGGGACAUCAUCCUGGAGAACAACAUGGACUUUACUGACAUAAUCAAGUUUUUUAAUGAAAUGGCUGAGCGACACGACAUCCCGCGGGUCCUGACGAUGGCUCGAGACUUGGUCCACAAAGUGCAGACACUCAUAGAAAACAAGUGAUCCUGUACUCUGCUCUUCAUUUGCCAUUUACUUUUAAGUAACAUUCACCACACACACACACCAUUAAAAAAAAAAUAAUAAUAAUAAUAUGUUAAAUGCAGUAAGGGUCUUAAGUGGUUAAAACUGAUUGUCAGUCGAAGACUUUGUUGCUCAUCUCUACUGAGGGAGACAAUAAAGGCCAGUACAUUGAUUUUUAAGUGUUAUUCACCGAGUGAAUGUACCCUUUUUGAAACGGCUUCAGGAUGUUAGUUUUGCCUUAAAUGUUGCCAUUUUUUUCAGGGAUACAACAAAGUUUAAUCUUAAAUCGUACCUUUCUGUCUUGUGAUGCUUGUUGGGUUUCCAUCAUGGGGGGGGGGACCAAGGGGAGCUUGGUGAAUCCAAGUUGCACAUCUGAUUCCUGAUGUGGUUGUCAAUAAUCAUCACUUGGCAGCCAUCUUGCAUUUGUAGAUCCUUGGUGCUUCUAAUUUUCAUAAUCAACGCUUUCUCAUUAAAACCACUCAUUUUGUUUUCUGUACCACUUGUCCAUAACAUUAUCAUUCGACAAUUAUCAUUUUGGUGUGUGUGUCCCCCUGCUCUUGGGCCAUUUUAAAUUGACAAUUUUCUUUCAUUUUGAGACUCCUCACUUUUGUUCCCUGUACAACUUAAUUGUACAUGUAACAUACUACCAUUUUCAUGUUGGUGCUCACCUGCUCUUUGGGAUGUUUUUGUGAUCAAUUAAGACCAUACGAUCUUGCUUUUAAGGGAAACUUCUCACAUUUGCGUGUAAGCUUCUCAGUGGUUUGUUUGUGGUCAUGCAAUUAUAUUUUAAGAUUUUGACCGGGCUCAUGUUGCCCCUGAACCCAAAUCAAAUGUGAUGUGUCCACAUGGGUCGGGGGCAAUGUGGAUUAGUUUGGCGAAACCCCCAUGAAUAAUCUAUCGCUAAUCAUUUAAAUAGCUUAAACUAUCAAAAUGAUCUAACAUUUCAAUGGCUGCCAAUCAGCUCCAAAGCCUUGUUUGGUGUCAGGAAUGUUUCACGAUCAUUGCUAAAGUGUCUCCAUGCAUUUCUCAGAAACACACUCGUGUUGUGUGUGUGUGCGUGCGUGUGUGUACGGAUUGCUGUGUUCCUUUUGUCAGACGUGCUGUAUACAAUAAGACCCACUGUACAAAAGCUAGCACAUUAAAUGCAAUACAAUGUCAAAACAUGGGCUUUAUCUGAUUAUCAUGAACAGAGCUCAGAAAAAAUAAAAAUGAAAAAAUAAAAAUCCCAUUGGAGACAAAUUUAUUUUUUUUUCUGUCUUAAAUGUAACCUGUUAGAAUUUAUUUAGUGUGAAUUAAAAUCUAUUUUGCAUUUUAUGUGGCUUGUUUUUUGGUCAAACUAAAACAAAAAGGACUAAUAAGACACUUUUAGAAGUGAAGCAAAUUUUUUGACUAAACGUUAAUCCAGUGGCCUUUGAAAGUGAACCUUUUCUGGGAAAAUUUGCUUCUAAAGUCAAACCAUGUGACAUUACAUGGAACACCAGCUCAGCAAGCAUCAAAAGGAUAGAGAUCAAUAUUUUCUUUUCUUGAGUCAUGGACCAGGGAUGGCAAAAAUGUCUUAAAACCUGAAAUUGGCAAUUUGACAAUUGGCUCCCAUCUUUGGAAUUUUUGAUAAAGAAAAAUCAAUAAGCACUUAAAACACCUAAAAUCCUCCAUAACAAAAAUGAGAAAACAAUUACUUCAGUACAUGACUUAUUCUACUGCCCACAAUGUUCUUUUCAUGUUCCAUUUGUGCUAUUUAAGUCUGUUUUUGGGGGGAAGGUGAUGCACAUUUGAAAUGUUACAUUAGCUUUGACACGUCGGCUUGGAAUACACUUCCAAAUUUCAGCCUGUUCAAGCUUAUUGGUGGGUAUUUUUAACUGAAAUUGGAAGUGGAAAUGGGGUUCCCCGAAUUGAUGAAAGCGCAGCGAUGUCGAGAAAUAUUGGGUUAUCCCGUUUUACUCCAAUUUGAAUUAUUGGUAUAAUAAUUUUGUUGAUGUUCUGAGCCAAAAUUUGAUGUGCUAGUGAGCUUCAGAUGCGCCACUGCUAAACGAUGGCCUCCAGCAUCCCGCAUUUCAUUCAAUUUGAGAUGAGCAAAUCGAGUUUUGAGCUAAUUCAUGGAAAUGUUUUACUUAUAAGUCAAGGUACCAAUGUAGCUGCAUUUUACAGUGGUUAACGGAAUUGAGUUUUUCCUGUGGAAAAAAAACAGUUAACUGUAAACUUCUACUGUAAUUCAAAUAAAGUUUUGAAUUAAUGACAAAGCCGUACGUAGUAAAGAUUUUGUUAGUAAAGAAAAAGAUGCACACAAGAUGAUAAUUUCAACUACUUCAGUCAGAUGCUCAUAAAAAAAAAACAGCACAAGGUGCAGUCAACAUUUGAAAAGUUUCACUAAUUUGUUCUGCAUCAGAAGAUAUUGAUUAGGUUGAGAUUCUGCACAAAAACAAUUUUCUAAAGAUAAAGCUGCAAAAAAUGUGACUGCUUGAUAUUCUAACAUCGUGAGAACUUGUUUAAGCAAACUAAUUUACUAUGCAUAUCAAAUGGGUCAAAAUUCUUCUGAGACCGCAAAGGUAUUUAAAAAAAAAAAAAAAGAAAAAAAGGGGGGGGGGGUGGCGCCAUGGAAUGUAUGCAGCAAGACACAAUGCGACUUACGAUGGCUGUGGUAGAAAAAUAAAAAGAUUGCAAAACGUUCUUGGUUUCCUCGAUGAAUCCUCCUGAGCGUUUAGCGGUAGUGACGGGGCGGUGGGCUGUGGUGGGAUGGUCCGUGUCUCCUAGGCGGACUAUGGCGUGACAUGCGAGGAGGGGACUGGUAGCGUGGUGGCGGCGAUCCUCGGUAGGGCGGGGAAAACCGACCUCUGGAUCUGGAGCGGGACCGCGAGCGACUCCAGUUGGGGGUGCCUCUAUCCUCGUAGACGCGGAUGUAAGCCGUCUCACCCUGCAAACGAGCAAACAGUAAAUGUGCGCUCCAGCGGCGGCGGGGGCACAUUACCACAGGGUCUUCCACUCACUUGGUGAGACCGGAACUCCGUACGAUCCAGUCGGCGCAAUGCAUACUCCAUGUCCUCUCGACGGAGAAACUCCACCACACCCUCCCCGUCGCGCUGCACGUCGGCAAAACAGACGUCGCCCGCCUCGCGCAUGUGAUCCUUCAGAUCCUGCCAACUGCCGCUCGGCGGUAAUCCUGAGACGGCAAACACCGAUUACGAAAUGAAAAGGCAUAAAAUAAUCUCUUAAUCAACCACAUUGUGAGCCACCACAUUAAUCCCAACUAACCCUUGCGAGAUGCAAUUCUACGAACCUCUCCAAUAAUUUAAUAGAGCUGGACUUUGACAUUUGGGGACAACUGUAAAGGUCUUAAACUUUAAGGGUUCGCCUGAUACAAGGGGGUCAAAAGAUAAGACAAGACAAGGACAAAGUUAAGACCUACCAGUCGCUGGUUUGGUGAUUAUGCAGAUUUCAGUAACUUGAUGUCAACUUGGUAUCCACUUUAGCCACUUUGACCUGCAGUCCACCAUGACAGAAAUGCACCUCUCUAAGACGUCCAUAUAUUUGUCCUUCCGGUCUGCCACACAUGAUUUCCUUCAGUCCGCCAUCAGAAAGACCUGCCUUUGACUUGUGACAUCCAUCUACUGGUCUCUUUGCCUUUCAGUCCACCAUGAGAGAGUGAGCGACAUCUGCCUACGAUUCAUGACUUCCAACAAGUCCCAUCAUACCGCAGUCCGCCAAGAGAAACGUCAAUGACUGUAUUCCGCUUUCCUACUUGUCCUGUUACGCUGCAGUCCGCCAUGCGCGAAGAAAACAUUUCCUACGACUUUUUACAUUCUUCUUACUAGUGGACCCUUUGUCUUUCAGUCCGCACUUUGCAAGACCUGCCUAUGACUCAAGACAUCCAGCUAGUAGUCCCUUUGUCGUCCGGCCCGUCAUGGGAGAGCAAAAUAUCUGCCCAUGAUACAGGACUUGCACCCACGGGUCCCUUUUUUGCCGCAGUCCGCCAUGAAAAAGAAAAACAUCCGCCAAUGAUUUUAUACAUCCUUCCUACUAGCCUCUUCAGUCCAUUAUAACAAAGGCGGACCACCAAUGACUCAAAGUCCAUCCACUUGCCGCUUUGUCCUCACGAGCUCCAUGAGUAAGUGAGACCUAUCUGCCUAUUAUUCAUGCCUUCCGUCUACAAGUCAGACGACUACGACAUCAGCUUAUGACUCCAUGUCCUCCUUUAUACCGGGCUCUCUCCUUCAGUCCAUCCUAAUGAAAGCACAGGGACGUCUGCCCCAGAUUCACGACUUGGAUUUACUAGUCUGAAGUCCGCCAUGGGAAAAGAAACAAACUCACUAAAUGUCCACCUUCCUAACAGUAUUUUUGUCCUCCAGUCCGCCAUGAAAGAGCAAGCAUACCUACAAUUCAUGAUUUUCUCUACUCGUCCCUUUACACUGAAGUCCGCCAGAGGAGAAAGAAACAUAUGCCUCUGAAUAUCCACUUUCCUACCAGUCCUUUUGUCCUGUGAUGCGCCUUGAACAGAAAACUUGACAGUGACUGUAAAUCCAUUUUUCUCCUAGUCCCUUUAUGCUCAGUCCGCCUUGGAUGAAAGAAAAAAACUGACAAUGACCUUGGCCGUCCGCCUUCGACCUUCAGUCCAACGGUAGCUAGACCUGCAUACGACUCUUCACAUCCAUCAGAUCUGCCCAUGACUCUUGACGUCCACUUUCCCUCCGACUCGGCCCUAAAGACAGACGGACACGCCUGCCUACGAUUCUUGCUUUGCAUCUUACUACACCGCGUGCAGAAUUAUGAGCCAACUCUCAUUUUUGAGUAUUAUUUUUCGCACCCACCACAGCUUUAGGAUAAUCAAAAACGGUAAUAACGUUUAAUAAAGUAAAAGUGAGGCUUAGGCUUUCUUAGAAUAAUAAUCUGUGGACUAUUAUUAGGCAACUGUUGGUGUGCACAAUUAUUACCCAACUAAUGAAAUACAUGGUCCCCACCACAAUUUUUUUUGUUUUAGUGAGAAUUGUAAACAACUCAAAACUCACCAAUAGAAAGUCAUUUUAAAAAUAUAUUGGUGACCAAUAUAGCCACUCUUUAAUAACAGUGAUAAGUCUUCCAUCCAUGGAUUCCGUCAGUUUCUUAUUUGUAGUCGAGGUUUGUGUGUAGCAGAAACCAGGCUUCCAGACAUGGCCGCGAGGUGAACCGUUUUCCUUCACUGUAUGUCUCCCGCUGGUGAGGCUUUGUAAAGCGCUUUGGGCACUGUGAUGGUGUAGAUAAACCGCUAUAUAAGUGCAGCCCAUUUACCAUAAGAACGGCCUACAAGUUCUCAAUUGGGUUCAGGUCGGGUGAGGAAGGGGGCCAUGUCAUCGGUUUUUCAUCUUUCAAGCCUUUACUGGCCAGCCACACAGGAGUACAGUACUUGAAUGCAUGAGCUGGAGCAUUGUGCUGCAUUUAAAAAAGAAAAAAAAAAAAAGUAUAUGAAAGUCGACUUCUUCCUGUACGACUGCCUAAAGCGUCCCCUAAAAACUGCCAGAAUGUUUAGGAGUUCAUUUUGAGCCUCUCUUCAACCCAAAAAGGUCCAACCAGCUCUUUAAUAGUACCAGUCCAUACCAGUAUCUCACCUCCACUUUGCUGGCGUCUUGAGUCAAAGUGGAGCUCUGUGCCCAUUAGUGAUCCAGCCACAGACUCGUCCUUCUGGUUUCAUCAGUUUGAUGGUUAUGUGAUCACGUCCCAAUAUCUUAGCUAUUUCAAGAGUGCGGCAUCCUUCUGAGACUUGAUAUUUGAAUCUUUGAGUCACUUAAAUCUUAUUUUUUGCCCCAUUUUGUCUAAAGGGGCUGCCUAGUAAUUAUGCACACCUUUAAAUAGUGUGUGAUCUCCUGAGGCCACACCCACACAUUACACAGCCCCUGCUAUGCUUAAACCCAUUAAGCAUUCAGGUUUUUCCAGCUGGGAGCUAGGAAAUAUGCCUAAAAGUCAUGACAUGGUCAAAGUACUUGCCUAAUAAUCCUGCACACAGUGUAGUCUCUUUGUCAUCAGGUCCGCCAUGAGAGACGCAUCUGCCAUCAAUUUAUGACUUCUAAAUACAAGUCCAUUCAUGCCGUCAUCCGCCGAGGGAGGUCGAGAGACAUCUAAGACUCGGCACGUCCACUUCCUAGUGGUCCACUUGACCUCCAAGGGCUACUUAUUAACGGGCUACAACUGUAGAUGUCCACCUACCGGUCACUAUUACACGGAACUCAGACCUCCGUGUCGGGGGUCCGAAUCUUCCUCUGGGUCCGUCUCCUCUAUCACCACCGCCACCUCCCAUUGGAUUAAAUUUACUAGAGGAUCGAGGAUACUCCACACGCAGUUUAGAGUCUCCAUAUUCAUAUCCGUUCCUUCCAUAGACGGCAUCGUCCGCAUCCCUAAGAGAAGAGAGCACAGAACUCCUUACCAACGUGGGCUGGUUGCAGACAUUUGGCGGAUCCACUUCCCGCUGGCAGUCACUUGAGAUGCUAGAACAAAAAAAAUUUGAUACCCGACAAGGGGACGAAGCUGGACCUGUCCCCAAAACUCACCGUGGGUCUUCAAAUCGGAUAAAGGCAAACGGUAUAGUGCCUCGGUUGUUCUUCAAUUCAAUCUCACGGAUUUUUCCAUAUUUGUAGAAAAGAUCCUCAACAUCCCUCUCCUGGACGUCCAUGGGAAGAUUCCCGACAUAGAUCCGGCCCUCUGACAUGGUGAAGGAAUAAGCUGCACUGC